AUGGCUAACAAGCACGCCACGUCUUGGAGCCCAGUCGCAAUAAAACCCGCUUUCAAUGUUGAAGAACUUGCACAAACAGUAUUUUCUGACAACUUUGCGAUCUUAGGAGAUGGAUGCAAGCAGUGGAUGGACUCCACUGCGGGGCACCCGUCUUCCGCCACUAUCAGCCUCACAUCUGUUGGUCUCGCUGCACUUGCCGUUGUCCACAAAGAUCCCGAUAUGAUGGAUCUAGCGCGAAGAAAAUACAACUUUGCUAUAAGAGUCCUUACUAAAGCAAUUACUGGCCAUCAAGGCUCUGGGAUUGAACAAUCUAUUGCUGGAAGUUACAUUUUGUCUAUCUUCGAGAUGAUAACAUGCGAUAACCACUCCUCUUCACAUGCCUGGCAAAAGCAUGUUCACGGUGCUGCUGCGUUCUUGAGCUAUUUGUGUUCUACAAAUGGUCUGCCAGUCUCACCGGUGAAAGAAAUUAUAGAGAUUUGCUACACCACAACACUUGCGUGUCUUAUCAGUGGCAAAACGGUUCCGCCCUUCUUACUGGAAUUACCAGGUCGAUUUGGAGCGUUAUCAAAUGCCUUACAAGACGAGGAUCCCUUGUUAUCAGCAAUGAGACUCUUUGCUAUUAUGGGUACCAUGGUGAAUAUCCGUGGCUUGGCAAAUCAGGGCUGUUUUUCACCCAGCCAACUAGUUAUACUGGCCAUGAAAAAUGAUCAAGUUCUCCAAAACUGGGCGACUGCACUUCCUGCGUCAUGGACUUAUCACGAGCUUCCCAAAGGACCACAAUACAUUUACCAGGACGUUUGGUACGCUCGAAUGUGGAACUACUAUCGCCUAGCCCGCAUUCUAGCCAACCGGAUAAUUAUUGAGAAUUUCGACAGCCUGUCACCCGCAGUGCUGCCAGGUGAUAAUUUCAACUUACAACAUGACCAGUCAUAUGUCACCAUUUCGCUACUGUUACGGGAGAUCUACAUCAGCCUGCCUUUCAUGUUCGACUCGGAACAAAUGCCUGCUACAUCUCUACCACUCUCGGCAGCCCUUUUCUUUACAACCACUCUAUUGCAAUCUCUGUUGGAAAUCACAGAUGGAAAUUCUCUCAUUCAGGACUGGUCAUCUCCAGCAUGCGAGGUUCUAGGAGAAAGGUUUACUUUUACGAAGGGUAUCGUGAUGCAGAACCUUCGCUAG